AGGUGGCGGUGGGGGGCGAUCUGGCAAAUCCCGCGGGCCCAAGUCUCGCGGCAGUUCUCACGAGAACCCGAACGAGACUUGAGAGCGCGGAGAGAGCGGGCCAGCGAGGAGGCGACGGAGCAAUGUUGUUCUACUCAUUCUUCAAGUCCCUGGUGGGCAAAGACGUGGUGGUGGAGCUCAAGAAUGACCUCAGUAUCUGUGGGACGCUACACUCCGUAGAUCAGUACCUGAACAUCAAGCUGACCGACAUCAGUGUCACUGACCCCGAGAAGUACCCACACAUGCUCUCGGUGAAGAACUGCUUUAUCCGAGGUUCGGUCGUCCGCUACGUGCAGCUCCCGGCAGACGAGGUGGACACGCAGCUCCUGCAGGAUGCCGCGCGCAAGGAGGCCACACAGCAGAAGCAGUAGACACGGGGACGUGGAGACACGGAGACACAGAGACAUGGGGACACAGAGACAUGGGGACAUGGGGGCGAUGAGAUGCAGGGGACACGGAGAUACAGGGACGUGGCAACGAAGAGAGAUGAGGACGUGGGGACGAUGAGACACGGGGACAAUGGCAUGCGAGGACAAAGAGAUGUGGAGAUGCAGGGACACGGAGAAGAUGAGACAUGGCCAAAACAAAGAUGUGGGGACACAGGGAAUUAUGGGACACAGGGAUGAUGAGACAUGGGGACACAGGCAUGUGGGGGCAGGGAAAUGCAGAAAUAUGGGGACAUAGAAACAAAGAGAUAGGGGUAAGCGGGGAGACCCCAGGAGAUGGAUACGCGGAGACAUCUGGGCACAGUGCAGGGAGCACGGUGCCAGGUUGCGCGCGACGGAUUUGUGGGCAGGGGGUGGAGCCCCCUGAGGCAUCCAGUUGUUGAGAUGGGUCGUGAGGGUUCAGAAGAUCAGAGUCUCGAUUGAGACCGAGCUGCAGGAGACCACCUUCAAGGCCAGUGUCUUCAGACUCGGUUCCUCGGCACAGUUUGUGGGCCGGGGUUGGGCCAUGCACGGAUAAUGGCCGUACUCAGGUGGUGGCUUUAGGAUGGGGUGGAGGCCUUUGCCAAGUGAUGGGAAGAUACAGACUGACAACAGUGACAACAACACCGACACGACACAGAGUGAGUAGGUAGUGAGUGACUGGAACCGUAGUCUCGACACAGAAGGGAGAGGCGAGUAAAAUUGGCCUCCCUGUGUCUCCUCCCCAUGUCUCGCUGUGUCUCCUCCCUGUGUCUCCCUGUGCCUCCCUGUGCCUCCCCGUGUCUCGUUCCUGUGCCUCUGUGUCUCCCUCCCCGUGUCUCCUCCCCGUGAAUUGUAAGUGAAUGUUCGUACCGAGUCGGUUUUUGUUUCGUUUGGUGCGGGUGUCAUUUGUUUUGUUUUUUUAUAAAUAAACGUGUACAGCACUGCUGCUGCCCGCCG